GGCAUGCGCAUAGCAUGUGCAACUUGGCAGGAUCAGGGUAGAAUCAACUUUUAAAAGUCACUAGAUUGUGUAGAUUUGCUUACAGAUUUUUUUGUUAAUAUUAUCAUUUUGGAGAUGCCUUGCGUUACAAGUUCUGUAACUAGUGCAUAUCUCACGUGACAUCUGCAUCCUCAGGCAUACGUUGUCUAUUCUGCUUGUCCCAGCAGUCAACAACGUUGCCCCCAAGCUUACUCGGGAAACAGAAACAAAGUGGUCCACAAUAUCGGAUAAUUAAAUCAAUAGGAUGACAUGAAUCAUCACCAAGAUAACAUUUCCGUUGCAAUAUGGUCAACAGACUGGAAAUCUGCUGAUGCAAUCCCUGAUGCAACUUCAGUUGGCCUGGCAGUCCCUUUGGUAUGCAUACGCGAUGAGCUAUAUAUAUGCAGGAGAGUAUCCCUGUCGUCCACACGGAGUGACUAACUUUGAUCUCGCAAUUGUUUUGGAGGCCAUAGCCAUUAUAGCGCAAACAAACUCAAUGGCUACUGCUGCUCAACCUCGUGUCAUGGUGCUACCGUUCCCUGCACAAGGCCAUGUCAUCCCGCUCAUGGAGCUCUCGCGCAAACUCGUCAAGCACGGCUUCGAGAUCGACUUCAUAAACACCGAGUUCAACCACGGUCGUCUCCUUGAAGCCUUAGAAGAGAAGGGAGCAAUCCCUGGUGGAAUUCACAUGCUCUCCAUCCCAGAUGGCCUAGGACCUGCUGAGGACCACACCGAUAUCGGUGCAUUUGUCAAGGGCCUACCGGCCGCCAUGUCCGGCCGUCUCGAGGAGAUGAUCACAUCGAGAAAGAUCAAGUGGAUGAUAGCAGACGUGUCCAUGAGCUGGGCGCUGCAGCUGGCCACCACAGCCGGUGUCCGUGUCGCCCUGUUCUCCACUUACUCUGCGGCCGUGUUUGGGCUCAGGAUGAACCUCCCCAAACUGAUAGAAGAUGGUGUUCUGGACGAAAGCGGGAAUGUAAUGAGGCAUGAGAGGGUGCAACUGAUGCCGCCCAUCGACGCGGGAGAAAUCCCAUGGGUCAGCCUGGGAAGCACCGCUGAGAGGCGCAAAACCAACGUCCAAAACGUCCUGAGGACCAACCGGUUGAUGCCACUGGCUGAGACGAUCAUCUGUAACACUUUCAUCGAGAUGGAACCAGACGCGCUGGCUCUCCUCCCCAACGCGCUGCCGCUCGGCCCGCUGGUUGCGCCGACGGCGAGGCCAGCCGGACAUUUCCUGCCCGAAGACCUGACAUGCCUGACCUGGCUGGACACGCAGGCCCCUGGCUCCGUUAUCUACAUCGCCUUCGGGAGCUCGGGCGUCUUGGACGCGACACAGUUCCAAGAGCUCGCCGACGGGCUCGCCCUCUCCGGCCGACCGUUCAUGUGGGUGGUCCGUCCGAAAUUCACCACCGGCGUCGGACAAGAUUGGUUGGACGUGUUCAAGCACCGCGUCGAUGCCAAGGGGCUAGUCGUUGGCUGGGCACCGCAGCAGCGCGUGCUUUCGCACCCCUCCGUCGCCUGCUUCGUGUCACACUGUGGGUGGAACUCGACCAUGGAAGGCAUGCUGCACGGCGUACCGUUCGCGUGCUGGCCUUACUUCGCCGACCAGUUCUGCAACCAGAGCUACAUCUGCAACGUGUGGGGCACGGGCGUCAAACUUUGCCGUGACAAACGAGGGGUGGUCACCAAAGAGGAGAUCGAGAGCAAGGUCGCCUGGCUGCUCGGAGACGAAGAGAUCAAAGGGAGGGCCGCGAAGUGGAAGCACAAGGCGUGUGCCAGCAUCAUAGAGGGCGGAUCUUCCCAUCAGAACUUCCUCGAGCUUGUGAAUCUGGUAAGAGAACAAUCCUACCUUAGUGGAUGAAGAAGAGCUAAGUGCCACAGUUGGUGGUCAGCUUCUUUCACACCUUGUUGGUGAGAUGCGAUGUUUAGCUCAAUUUAAGAUCUGAAAGUAUCUUGCUAGAAAUCCAAAAAUUUCUUUAAUAGUAAGAAAUUUAAGCUUUGCGAAAAGGUAAAGCUAUCAAAAUCUUCCAUUGUUUCCCCAUAAAUGUAUGUUUACAAAUAGCACAGGUUUUCAUGAUUUGCAAAAAGGCAAAGCUAUCAAAAUCUCCAAUUGUUUGCCAAUAAA